AUGUCUUCAGUAACAUCCGAACGCCCAGCGCGGGUUCGCAAGCAGACCAGUCAUCACGGCAGCCUUGUCCCACCGAGUCCUGAUUUAAGUCGGCGUGUUACAUUAGACAACAUCAUCCUAGCUCCCACCAAGUCUCGAAACAAACGAAAGAGGGGCAGCACUGUCACCAUUGUCAGCACAGAAGAUGAAGAAUCUGAUUCGGUAACCGCUGGUGAAAAGCAAAAGAAGAUUCAAGGAACGAUCAACACCUAUUUAUCUGACUCUGAAGCAAGUUCUCAAGAAUCACCAGUUGUCACCAAGAAGAAUGAGAAGGAGCGUGCCGCUCAGCGCAAUUCUUCCAAAACGAAUAACGUCAGUAGACUCCAAUCCAAUUGA